AUGAUGUCCUCGACGGCGUCCGACCGCUUCGGCGCCGUGGAGCUGACGCCGCGCCACGACGAGCCGCUGUUGGUGCCCGGCUCGGCCGCGCUGGACGCCAUGGCGGCGCCCUGCGUCGUGUCCCUGCGCGUGGUGGCGGCCGAGGAGCUGCGGCCCAUGCACAAGGGUAUCACCAGCAACGCCAUGGUGGAGGUCUCGCUCGUGCACGACGACGGCUCGCGCCAGUUCCAGCGCAGCGCCGGCUGGGCCAUGGGCGACCUCAAGGCGCCGCCGGGCAUGCAGCAGCAGCAGCGCAGCCACAGGAACAGCACGUCGUCGCUGCCGGCGGGAGGCCAGCAUCACCACCGCCAGCAGCACCACGGGAUGACCACCAAGCCGUUCAAGUCCAAGGUGGUCAAGACGUCGCUCAACCCCAUCUGGAACUUCGACGUGGACUUCGGAGACGUGGAUACGGACAUCGUCGUGGGCGUGCUCUUCACCGUGCGGCACGUCGAGAGGUUCGGCAUGGUCAAGAAGGACAUCGGCCAGCUGAUGCUGUCGCUGCGAGAUAUUAUGGAGCUCAAAAUGCAACCCCCGCACGAGCAGACGUUCACCCUGCAGCCGACGGACGAUAUGGUGCGGAGAGAGGCCCUCGAAGGCCCGAGCAACCGCAAGUCCGGCAAGCUCACGGUGCGCUUCAACGGCUACGGCGUGCCGUCCAGCUACACCGUCAUGACGGACGGGCGCGUGUCCAACAUGGUGAACACGGUCGUGGCACACGAGGACGAGUUUGGGCGCAGCUCCAGGUCCCUAGUGGUGCACGACAUCCGGGCGGAGGUGCGCAAACUGCAGAGUUUCCAUCAGACGAAGCCCCGGCCUGGCGAGACGUGGUUCGCAGUGAGCGCGGACUGGAUCCGCGCCUGGCUGCUGUUUGUCUCCAAGUACAAGGGCGAAGAGGUCCAUAGUCCCGGCACUGUGGACAACAUGCCUUUGAUAUCGGAUGACCUCAUGGACGGCACGUUCCAGAUCAAGACCGGCCUCGUCAUCAAGAAGGAUUUCCGCAUGAUCAACAAAAAGAGCUGGGACUAUUACCAGAACGUCUACGGUGGAGGCCCCGCCAUUGAGGUGCAGAUCCCGAGUAACUGCGCCGAGCCGGCGGAGUGGAUUGCGAAUCUUCAACUCGACGUUGCCGGCCGUGUUAAUUCCAACUAUGUCGAUUCCGACUGA